AUGCCUAAAUUCAUUUAUCCAUCCAGUACAAAUGAUGAAACUUAUAAUGAAAUAAAAAGUCUUCGUUCAAGCAAAACAAAUAAACGAUUAAGACAUUUACCAAUAUUCGAACGUAUUUAUUACAAAAAAACAUGUGAAGUUAAGAAAACAGGUCAUAAUUUAGAAGAUGUACAUCGUCUUUAUGAUGGUAAUUUACGCUAUACAACACAUAAUUUAACUUAUUCAUUAAAUAAAAAGAAACGUUGGUUAUUACCUGAUAUUAUUCAAGAACGCAUUUGUGAAUAUGAUUCUACUGCUCAAUCUUCUAAAUUAAAAAACGGUGAUCAAAUAUCAACUGUUGAUGAACGUCUUAAAAUUAUUAUGUAUGAAAAUGAAAAUAUUCGUCAUUCCUCUACUUGUUUACGUUAUGCUAAUAAUCAAACAGAACCACAAAUAUUAUAUAACAAUGGACGAAGAUUUAAUUCAACAACAUUAACAAAAUGGAUAAAUUUUGAUACGCGCGAACGUUGGAAUAGUCAUCAUCGAAAUCAUAGUGAUAAUCGAGUGAAUCAACCAAAUUUUGGUAUACAACAACGACCAGGAUUUUUUCCCAGUGAAGUAACAUAUGAAUUUUUAUAUCCAAAACGUCUUUCAUCAUUCGAAACUCAUAAGAAUGGGAAAACAUCAUUAUCACUUUGUAAAGUUCCAGAUAGAUAUGAUUUAUCUGGACGAGAUAUCAGAGAUACAAAUAAAAAACGACGAAAAAUACGAAGAAAUGAAUGUAUGAAACUUGAUUUUGAUGAAUAUGAAUAUAAUUUUGAAGAAGAAGAUAUUAAUACAAAUGAAUUAAUAAUUACAUCAUCAAAUUGUAUUGAUGAAAAUGAAAAAUGGUCUAUUGUUUUUGAAGAAUCAAAUGAUCAAUACUCAGCUUCUAUUGAUCUACCAAUUGAAUAUUUUAUCCGUUCAAUCUCAUCUAAUUGCAAAUCUACUUCUUUUUCUAAUGAUAAUUCAUCAGAUAUUAUCAAUGAUCGUAAAGCACAUAAAUAUUUCGAACCUUGGCCAAUAUCCAAUAAAAAUAUUAAAAAAUCUUCAAUUAUUACCGAAGAUUUAUUGUGUUCUAUUCCGUGUGAAAAUGAGUCAGACUUUCUUUCUUUAAUGCAACAGUCAGCACUGAAAAUUGUUCAAGCAAAUCUUUCACCACCAAUAUUUCUUCAACGUACACCAACAUCAUCUUUUUCUGUUAUUUAUACAUAUUGUCGAAAGUCAUCUACUGUCGAAGCAAAACUUAAAUUUAUUGAUCUACCUCCAAAUAUUAUUUUCAAUGCAAAAGAAAUAACUUUAAAAAAAUUAAUUGAAUUAGUAUCUAAUAAAUUAGAUGAAAAUCAAGUAGACUUAAACAGUAAACCAACGGAAAAUACUCGUAUAGAUGUUGACGCAUUACGUGGUUCAUUACCAUUACCAUUACACAUUACACAAAAAAUGAUUUUAGUUCGACCUAAUUCAACAGAUAAACUCACAGCAUUAAAAAAUGAAAAUCUUACUAAUGAUAAUAAAGACCAACAAGAACGAUGGUAUGAUACAACAGGUGAUGAAUAUGAAAUAUUGGAAUGUUCAAUUUGUUGUGAUACUUUAACUAGUUAUGAUGCUUGUCAACUUCUUCCUUGUCAUCAUACACUUUGUCAGUCAUGCUUAAAAUCAUAUAUCUGUACAAGUAUAUCAUCAGCAACAUAUUCUUCAUCUGGUGGUACAUCACCAAUAACUUGUUUUCAACAAAAUUGUUCAACACAAUUAAAUUCAUCUCUUCUUCAAGCAUUUAUUUCAUAUGAAAUUUAUCAAUCAUAUAAUCAAUCAUUAAUUGAUCGUCAUUUAUUUUCAUCGGGUAAUUAUCGUAAAUGUCCAUCACGUGUAUGUUUAAAUUUACUUAUUAUUGAUGAUAAAACAAAAUCAUCAUUAAUGUGUUCAUGUGGUCAACGUGUUUGUUCAGAAUGUUUAGAAGAAUAUCAUUUUCCAGCAACAUGUCAACAAUAUAAAUCUUAUGUAGCACGUUUACGUGAAAGUGGUGAUGAUUUAUUAAGUAUAUCAAAAAUUGGAGAUAAUUCAAAUUGUUAUAUAGCUGAAGGAAAAAAUUGUCCAAAUUGUGGUGAAUUUGUUGAAAAGAAUGGAGGUUGUCCUCAUAUGACAUGUAAAUGUGGUAAUGAAUAUUGUUGGAUGUGUUUAAAACGAUGGUCAACACAUAAUUAUUCAGCUUGUUUUAAUAUACCUGAAUCAACACAUGAACUUCGUUCAUCAACACGAAAUCGUUUACAUAAUAAAGCAAUAAAUCAUCGUCGUGAACGUAAUCAAUAUUCAUUUAAUUUAUUAUCACAAUCUGCACGAAUACCAACAAUUCCUUCAACAAAUUAUAAUUUAAUUUUAUCAACUUAUAUUGAUUUAAAUACAUUAGCAGAAUUUCUUUAUGUUUUAUUACAACGACGACGUACGGAUGUUAAUAUUCGUGCUGUUUUAAGUCGAACAGCAAAACGUUUAGAAACAGAUGCAUUUCAAAUAAAAAUACAAACUCAAUGUAAACAAAUUAAAAUGGAACAUAUUCAACAAAUACGAUUAAGACUUCAACAGACUGUAUCCAGUUUAUUGCAUAUGAAAAGAAACAAUAUUUUAAUGUAA